AUGGACGGUCUUCCACCUUCUUAUGAAUCUCAUUUCACUCUGGAUACACCUGUUCAUCAAAAGUUGAAGGACAAGCGUGUUAUUCUCGCCUCUGGUUCUCCUCGCAGAAAGGAACUCUUCCGCCAAAUGGGUUUCUCUAAUAUAGAAGUAUCCGUAUCUGGAUUCCCCGAGAAUUUGAGUAAAUCUGCGUACGUUACUCCUUGGGAAUACGCUGCCGAUACUUCUUCUCAAAAGGCUUUAGCUGUCUAUCAAAGCUUGGCUGCCGAAGAAGAUUCCCCAGAUGUUGUUGUCGCUGCAGAUACCGUGUUGAUUUUGGAUAGCGAAAUUAUUGAAAAGCCUGCUGAUCCAAAAAAUCAUUUGUCCAUUCUCAAAAAGCUUCGAGACUCCAGAGAUCCACACAAAAUAUUUACUGCCGUCACCGUGAUUGUGCCCAUGGAUGUCCCCAUUCAUCCCGGCUACGUUAUGAAAACUCAUUUGGAGGAAACUCAAGUGAAGUUUGAUCCUUCUCUUACCAAUGAAUUUCUGGAAGCCUACGUUCGUUGCGGCGAGGGUCUUGAUAAGGCUGGUGGCUAUGGUAUUCAGGGAUUUGGUGCUCUUUUGGUAGAAUCCAUUCAAGGUGAUUAUACCAAUAUUGUUGGACUUCCUUUGCGUGCUACAUACCGUCUUUUGGAAGAAGCACUUGACCAAGGAAAUGCAGAGAAUUACUAA